AAGAGAUCCCGAACGUAAAUUAGAGCGAGCCAUUUUCAGACUGCUCCCCAAACAUUCUUGAAGAAAUCCUGCAACGCGACAACAAUUGUGAUUUUUUUGUAAAGGGAUUUCAGUAAUGACGGAAAAAGUUCAGACUGUUCUUGGUGCUGUAGACCCUGCAACCUUGGGUGUGACCUUGACCCAUGAACAUCUAUCUAUAGAUUCUCGUCCACUUGGUGUUCCUAUUGAUCCAAAGUACAAGUAUCUGGAAGAGGCUCCAGUAGCAUUAGACACCUUGUGGUACAUCCGACAGUAUCCGUACUCAAACAGGGACAACUUGAGCAUAGAAGGAGAAAAUGCUGCUGUUGUGGGGGAAAUGGAUUUUUACAAGAAAAAUGGAGGCGGGACUGUUGUGGAGAACACAACAUUGGGAAUUAAACGAGACAUCAAAUUCUACCAGUAUAUCGCGAAGGAAACGGGAGUUAAUAUAAUAGCAGGAACAGGAUUUUAUGUAGAGUCAUCUCGACCAGAGACACUGAAAAUGACGUCAGAAGAAAUGGAGGAGGUCAUGAAGACCGACCUUCUCCACGGAGCAGAGGGCGGGGGCAUCAGAUGUGGCAUCAUUGGAGAAGUCGGAUGUAGCUGGCCACUUGGGAAAAGUGAGAAGAUAGCCAUCCAAGCCUCAGCCAGUGUUCAGAGUGAACUUCAGUGUCCAGUCAUGAUACACCCAGGCAGGAACUCCAAGGCUCCGUUUGAAAUUGUCCGGAUUUACCAGGAAGCCGGGGGAGAUGUCGACAAACUUGUCAUGGCUCAUUUAGACAGAACAUUUCAUGAUGAGGAGGAGCUGGCAGAAUUCGCUGCACUUGGCAGUUACUGUGAAUAUGAUUUGUUUGGCAUCGAGACCUCUAUGUAUACCCAAAAUCUGAAAGUGGACAUGCCAAGCGAUGCUCAAAGAAUUCAGAGGAUUAAGUUCCUGAUAGAACAAGGCUACGAGGACAAAAUUCUUAUCGCUCAUGAUAUACACACCAAACACAGGCUGAUGAAAUACGGAGGCCAUGGCUACUCUCACAUCCUUAUUAAUGUGAUUCCUCACCUGAUAAACAGAGGGGUUUCCCAGUCCUCCCUUGAUAAAAUUCUGAAGGAAAACCCAAAGAAGUGGCUGACAAUGAAAUUAUAAAUGCUAUAAGCAGUUGUUGAGUGAUGAGGAUAAAAUUAUAUGUAUUGAUUGAUUCAGAUGUGAUUUUAUGGCAGCGGAUUUUUGCAUUUUCUUUUCAGUGUUCAUUAACCGGAAUACACAUAUCUAUACUCUCAUUUUAUAUAUGGAUUGCUGUUAUUUUAAAUUUUUUUGUUGUUCCAUUGCAAAUAUGCUUACAAUAAAUUGUUUCAAGAUUA